AAUUAUUUGUGGUGGGAUUCUGGCUAGGGCAGGUGAAAUUGUGUCUUGCUUGGCAACCCCAAAACCUGCAAAGGACGAUCGCCCUGAAUGCGGGUGGGAGGAAACAUCAGACCUACCGUAGAUGCAAACCAACCACUCCAAGCAGAACCCGAGAGCGACGGCAACGUGAGCGGGAGGGAAGUUAAGAGCGUGACACCCGCAUCUGCCUCGCGGGAGCCAUGGCAACUGCAGCGAGCGGCCUUCGACAGGGAGCGAGGCGGGCUGGGCUUUGAUUCAAAGCCAAGCAGCAUUUAGGCAAAACAAUAGGUAAAGGUAAAGUACCCCUGCCCGUAUGGGCCAGUCUUGACAGACUCUAGGGUUGUGCGCUCAUCUCACUCUAGAGGCCGGGAGCCAGCGCUGACCGCAGACACUUCCAGAUCACAUGACCAGUGUGACGAAGCUGCUCUGGCGAACCGGCACCAGAGCAGCACACGGAAACGCCGUUUACCUUCCUGCUAUAAAGUGUUGAACAUCCUUGUAACUAGCUGGGCAGACAACUCUGGGAUGCAUGUAUCAGAGCAGAUGGACCUGAGGAGGCAUUGCAGCAGCUCCAUCCCAGACUAUUCAGAGGAUACGUUUACAUCUUUCAGUGAAGGAGAGGAGGAAACCUACAGACAAUAUGAAAAUGACCCAUUUGAAUCUUAUUACUCUGGAGAGGAGUCAGAAUGCCGUGCUGUGUUGGAUCUGUCUGAAAGCAUAUGGCAAUCAUCAAGUCAAAAUGAUGAAGAUCAAAAAUCAGAAGUUUUGGAAUCUGCAGUUGUAAGAGAAUAUUUAACUAGAAAAUGGAUCAGUCUCCUGAAAGAAAACAAGGCUAGCACUCGGCUAGCUAAACCUGCCAUUGAACCAAUUAACAGUGCAAUAUGGACAGAAAUUAUUGAGGUAUCUGAGGAAGAACUGAGUGCUCUACAAUCCUUUUGUGCCAUCAAAAUAAAUCAGCUCCAUAAUACGCCAAGCCCAAUGCCAUUGAAGAGGAGCAAGCAUAAUGAACAGAGGCACACAUUCACUUCAGAGAAGCCGUUGACAUUUGAUUUGAAUUGCACUGUCCCUGAUCAACUACUGAACAGACUCCGUCUGAAAAAUAUCAAGGAGAUACUGAAACAGGUAGCAGACACUGAAAUGCAUCAACCUUCACAAUGUGCCCAUUGCACCAAGAAAAGGGCAGAGCUGGCUGAUGAUGCAUUUCUCCGACGAGGGAAGGCCUUGAUGGAAGAGGUUUUACUUAAAGAGAAGUUGGAAGACUACAUGUAUACCAAAGAUUCUCUCACCCUCAUUGGAGAAAUACACAGAUGUCUUCCGAAGCUGUCUGAGGAUCCCAGGAACAUAUGGCAGGAACUGAAUGAGAGAGGUCUGAAAGUAUAACACCUAGAUGGGUUAGAACAUUGAUCAAAUCCGCACAAACUGAGCUAUGCAGGAUAUAUUGGACAAACUAUUUUCUGGACAGAUAUGCCCCUUGCGAUUGAUUUGGUUUCUGGGGUCCAACUCUGCAUCCUGCCCAGAGUCGACAGAGCAAUAUGCUGCCAUCUAACUAAAUAUUUUUUUCAGAUUAUAAAAGGUAGUUUAUUCUCAUUAUCAUUCUUAUAAGCCAUAAGUAUGGUUUUGGUGAGUUUCCUUUCAUGAUUUGGGAGCUGUGCACAGUUGCUUCUACCUGUAAGGAAAACAAAUGGCUUUUUUGAGGCAGAGAGAUAUAAGGAAGAUUAGGUUUCUGCACAGUCUGUGUCUGCUGCCACUGCUUAAAUUGAAAGCUGGAGCCCCAGGUAGAAGGAGAAACAGUGGAUCAAGAGGAAAGUUCCAAAGGAAGAGCAGAAGAGGUUAAAUGGAGUGGGUUUUCUCUCUCUUUCUGAAAACACUAACAAUAUGAACUGGAAUUAAUCCAUUACCCCGAGGAUUCCAAGACAAGAAGCAGAGAUAUUAAAAAAGUAAUGUUAGUUUGUUGAACAAAGCAGUUGACAAAACUCGAAUAAAAUGUUCAAAUGCUGUUCUUACA